GGCGCGCGAUUCAAUAAUAAUCGUUGGCUUUAAGCCGACGAUUAGGUGCCGGAAAGAGAGGAUCUCGAUGCGAGCAAGAGCGCUGGAGCUUUGCAAAGCAUAUAUGCUGGACAUUUGUUCGUUUCUGAUCGAUGCUGGUGCCCAUCAACUCGACUUUCUUCAAUAGACGGCAACAAUGGCAAGCACGCUCAUCCACUCUGUCCGCUUGUUCGACGGCAACUCUACCAUUUCGCAAAAUGGUUGCAUCCUUCUCAAGAAUGGCUUGAUCUCAAAUAUCCUACUCAUGACUCCUUCUCCUCUUCCUGCGGCGGAAACAGUUAUCGAUGGUACGGGUCAUACCGUGCUUCCUGGCCUCAUCGACGCUCAUGUUCACGCACAUGACGGAGAACCCGAGCUCAAACAAGCGCUUGGAUUCGGCGUUACGACUGUUCUUGAUAUGUUUAAUGAGCCAGGCCACGUCCAGAGCUUGAAAGCUCUGGUGAAGAAUAGGUUGGACCUGGCAGAUUUCAGAUCUUCUUGUCAUGCAGCAACGAUUGAGGGUGGUUGGCCUGCUCCUGUACUUUUAGCGACGUUGGACAGAGAGAUUGCGACUGAGAAAAUCAAAGCAUGGCCAAAAUUGGCGAGCCCGUCCGAGGCAGAGGCCUUUGUUCUUUCCAACAUUGAAAAGGGAGCUGAUUAUAUUAAACUGAUGCAAGAGAGCCGCUCCGUGAUGCUUGGAGAACCAAUCCCCGUCCCAAGUCCAGAAUUACAAGCUGCGGUUGUCACUGCGGCGCAUAAACAUGGUCUUGUGACGCUUGCUCACGCCCUUUCUCAGAGAGAGACUAUCCUUGCAUUGGAAGCCGGCGUGGAUGGUCUCGCUCAUUGUUUUUGUGACGAGCCCCCGAGUCAGGAAUUGGUAGCUGCUUACAAGAGGAACAACAGCUUUCUGAUACCUACAUUGGUGGUUGCAGCUUCAGUCACAGGGGAAGAAAAUGAGAGUUCGGAACAGCACGCGGAGCAUCACUUGAGCGAAAAGCUGUUGGGCGAGGAGGGAAAAAGUUGCUUCUGUAAGAAAUUGAUGAUGGGACGACCGGCGUGUAGAGUGGAAUAUUCUUAUCAAGCCGUGAAGCUGUUGAAAGAAAAUGGGAUGGACAUCGUUGCUGGGACCGAUACAGCAACAGGUCUUGCUGGCACGGCGUUCGGCUUAUCUUUCCAUCAGGAGUUGUCACUUUAUGUUGGGAGGUGCGGAUUUACUCCAGCAGAGGCACUGAGUAGUGCUACUUCUGUCACAGCCAGGAGAUUCAACUUACAUGAUCGAGGGAGAUUGGCUGAAGGGUUGAAAGCUGAUCUCUUACUUGUAAAGGGAGAUCCAACUGAUGACAUUCGGUGUACGAUGAAUAUCACUGGAGUCUGGAGAGGCGGUCAAGCUCUUAUUCGAGGAGCCAAUUAAUACACAUUCCGACUUAUCUG